GAGUUGUAACAUCAGAAUGGGAGAUGACACAUCACUACUCACCUUCCACCUUCUCUGAGGAAAAGAGUGAGUAAGAAACAGCAGUGAUCCAGGAGUCUUCAUCUCAAAAGAGCUCCAGGAAUCAUGCUGGAGAAGUUCUGCAACUCUACCUUUUGGAAUUCCUCAUUGCUGGACAGCCCGGAGGCGGACCUGCCACUUUGCUUUGAGCAAACUGUUCUGGUAUGGAUUCCCUUGGGCUUCCUUUGGCUCCUGGCCCCUUGGCAACUUCUACAUGUGUACAGAUCCAGGAACAAGAAAUCUUCUAUAACCAAACUCUACCUUGCGAAGCAGGUGCUUGUUGGGCUUCUUCUUAUUCUAGCAGCCAUAGAGCUGGCCUUUGUACUCAUAGAAGACUCUGGACAAGGCACGGUCCCUGCCGUUAGAUAUACCAACCCAAGCCUCUACCUGGGCACAUGGCUCCUGGUUUUGCUGAUCCAACACAGCAGGCGCUGGUGUGUGCAGAAGGACUCUUGGUUCCUGUCCCUCUUCUGGAUUCUCUCAAUACUCUGCGGCACUUUCCAGUUACAGACUCGGAUCCGGACGCUUUUAAAGGGCAACAACUCCAGUCUAGCCUACUCCUGCCUGUUCUUCAUCUGCUAUGCAUUCCAGAUCCUGAUCCUGGUCCUGUCAGCAUUUUCAGAAAAAGGCUCAUCAGAUAAUCCAUCACUCACGGCUUCAUUUCUGAGUAAAAUUACCUUUAGUUGGUAUGACAGCAUUGUUCUGAAAGGCUACAAGCAGCCUCUGACGCUCGAAGAUGUCUGGGAUGUGGAUGAACAGAGUAAAACCAAGGUGCUAGUCAGCAGAUUUGAAACACACGUGGCCGGGGAGCUGCAGAAGGCCAGGCGGGCACUGCAGAGACGGCAGCAGAAAGCCCAGAGGAACUCUGGAACCAAGCUGCAUGGGCUGAACAAGAACCAGAGUCAAAGCCAAGAUGUCCUUGUCCUGGAAGAAGCUAAAAAGAAAAAGAAGAAGUCUGGGACCGCAGAAGACUUUCCUAAAUCCUGGUUGGUCAAGACCCUCUUCAAAAUCUAUGGCAUGCUCACGUUUCUGAACCCACAGCUGCUGAAAUUGCUGAUCUCCUUCGCAAAUGACCGUGACGCCUACGUGUGGAUUGGGUAUCUCUAUUCAAUCCUUUUCUUCGUUGUGGCCCUCCUCCAGUCUUUCUGCCUUCAGUACUACUUUCAAUUGUGCUUCACGCUGGGCGUAAAUGUACGGACAACCAUCAUGGCCUCCGUAUAUAAAAAGGCACUGAACCUGUCCAACCGGGCGAGGAAGCUGUACACCGUUGGGGAAACAGUGAACCUGAUGUCUGUGGAUGCCCAGAAGCUCAUGGACGUGACCAACUUCAUCCACCUGCUGUGGUCAAAUGUUCUACAGAUUGUGUUAUCCAUCUACUUCCUAUGGAUAGAGCUGGGACCCUCAGUAUUAGCGGGUGUUGGGGUGAUGUUGCUUCUAAUCCCAGUUAAUGGGGUAAUCGCCACCAAGAAUAAGGCUAUUCAGGCAAAAAAUAUGAAUAAGAAAGACAAACGUUUGAAGAUCAUGAAUGAGAUUCUCAAUGGAAUCAAGAUCCUGAAAUAUUUUGCCUGGGAACCUUCAUUCAAAAACCAAGUCAAUGACAUUCGGAAGAAAGAGCUCAAGAAUCUGCUCACCUUUGGGCAGAUGCAGUCUAUGAUAAUGUUCCUCUUAUACUUAACUCCAGUCCUGGUAUCUGUCGUCACAUUUUCAGUUUAUGUCCUGGUGGACAGCAAUAAUAUUUUGGAUGCAAAAAAGGCCUUCACCUCCAUCACCCUCUUCAAUAUCCUACGCUUCCCCCUGGGUAUGUUUCCCAUGAUGAUCUCCUCGCUGCUCCAGGCCAGUGUUUCCUUGGAACGGCUGGAGAAGUACUUGGGAGGGGAUGACUUGGACACAUCGGCCAUUCGACAUGACUCUCAUUUUGACAAAGUCGUGCAGUUUUCUGAGGCCUCCUUUACCUGGGACCAGGAGACGGAAGCCACAAUUCGAGAUGUGAACCUGGACAUCAUGCCGGGCCAGUUGGUGGCUGUGGUGGGCACUGUGGGCUCUGGGAAAUCCUCCUUGAUGUCAGCUAUGCUGGGAGAAAUGGAAAAUGUCCAUGGGCACAUCAACAUCAAGGGCACGAUAGCCUACGUCCCACAGCAGUCCUGGAUCCAGAAUGGCACCAUAAAGGACAACAUCCUUUUUGGAUCAGAAUUCGAUGAAAAGAGAUACCAGCAAGUUCUAGAGGCCUGUGCCCUCCUCCAAGACUUGAAAGUGCUGCCCGGGGGAGACCUGGCUGAGAUUGGAGAGAAGGGCAUAAAUCUCAGUGGGGGCCAGAAGCAGCGCAUCAGCCUGGCCAGAGCGACCUAUCAAAAUGCAGACAUCUAUAUUCUGGAUGACCCCCUGUCGGCCGUGGAUGCUCACGUGGGAAAACACAUUUUCCAUAAGGUCUUGGGUCCCAAUGGCCUAUUGAAAAGCAAGACUCGACUCCUGGUUACACAUAGCAUUCACUUUCUUCCCCAAGUGGAUGAGAUUGUGGUUCUGGAGAAUGGCACCAUCUCAGAGAAGGGGUCCUACCGUGCCCUGCUAGCCAAGAAAGGGCUGUUUGCUAAGAACCUGAAGACAUUUGUAAAGCAGGCGGGUCCUGAAGGAGAAGCCACAGUCAAUGAGGACAGUGGAGAAGAAGAUGACUAUGGGCUGAUGACCAGUGUGGAGGAAGUCCCUCAGGAUGUAGCCUCCUUUACUAUGAACAGAGAAAACAGCCUUCAUCGAACACUUAGCCGCAGAUCGAGGUCUAGUAGCAGGCGUCUGAAGACCCUGAAACACUCCUUGAGAACUCAGAAUGUGAAUACCCCGAAAGAGGAGAAAGAACUAGUGAAAGGACAAAAAUUAAUUGAGAAGGAAUUCAUACAAACUGGAAAGGUCAAGUUCUCCAUCUACCUGAAAUACCUACAAGCAGUAGGAUGGUGUUCAAUUUUCUUCAUCGUCUUUGCCUAUGUAACCAGUUUUGUGGCUUUGAUUGGCUCCAAUCUCUGGCUUAGCGUUUGGACCAGUGACUCUAAAACCUUCAAUGCCUCCAACUACCCAGCCUCUCAGAGGGAUAUGAGAAUUGGCGUCUAUGGAGCCCUGGGAUUAACACAAGGUAUAUUUGUGCUCCUAGCAAAUAUCUUGAGUGUCUAUGGUUUCUCGCAUGCAUCAAACAUCCUGCACAAGCAACUGCUGAACAAUAUCCUUCGAGCGCCCAUGAGUUUUUUUGACACAACACCCAUAGGCCGGAUUGUGAACAGGUUUGCUGGAGAUAUUUCCACCGUGGACGACACGCUCCCUGUGUCCUUGCGCAGCUGGAUUCUGUGCUUCCUGGGGAUCAUGAGCACCCUGUUCAUGAUCUGCUUGGCCACUCCAGCCUUCAUCAUCAUCGUCAUUCCUCUCGGCAUAAUUUAUGUGUCUGUUCAGAUAUUUUAUGUGGCCACUUCCCGCCAGCUGAGGCGUUUGGACUCAGUCACCAGGUCCCCACUCUACUCUUUCUUCAGUGAGACCGUGUCGGGUUUGCCUGUCAUCCGUGCAUUUCAGCACCAGCAACGAUUUCUAAAACACAGUGAGGAGUUGAUUGACACUAACCAGAAAUGUGUCUAUUCCUGGAUUAUCUCCAACAGGUGGCUUGCAGUUCGUCUGGAGCUGGUUGGGAACCUGAUUGUCUUCUUUUCAUCCUUGAUGAUAGUUAUUUACACACUUUCUAAAUAGGUUUCAAUCACACAAACCUUAAACUGGCUGGUGAGGAUGACCUCAGAAGUCGAGACCAACAUUGUGGCUGUUGAGCGAAUAAAUGAGUACAUAAAUGUGGAAAAUGAGGCACCCUGGGUGACUGAGAAGAGGCCCCCAGCAGGUUGGCCCAGCAAAGGGGAGAUUCAGUUUAACAACUACCAAGUACGGUACCGGCCUGAGCUGGAUCUGGUGCUGAAAGGGAUCACUUGUGACAUCAGGAGCCAGGAGAAGAUCGGUGUGGUGGGCAGGACAGGAGCUGGGAAGUCAUCCCUGACAAACAGCCUCUUCAGAAUCCUAGAGGCUUCCGGUGGCCAGAUCAUCAUUGAUGGGGUAGAUAUCGCUUCCAUUGGGCUCCACGACCUCCGAGAGAAACUGACCAUCAUCCCCCAGGAUCCCGUCCUGUUCUCUGGAAGCCUGAGGGUGAAUCUAGACCCUUUCAACAGCUACUCAGAUGAGGAGGUUUGGAAGGCCCUGGAGCUGGUUCACCUCAAAUCCUUUGUGGCCAACCUGCCACUUGGCUUGUCCCACGAGCUGACAGAGGCUGGUGACAACCUCAGCAUCGGGCAGAAGCAGCUACUGUGCCUGGCCCGGGCUCUGCUUCGGAAAUCCAAAAUUCUGAUCAUGGAUGAGGCCACCGCUGCAGUCGAUCUAGAGACAGAUCAGCUCAUCCAGAUAACCAUCCGAAAGGAGUUCUCCCACUGCACGGCGAUCACCAUCGCCCACAGGCUGCACACCAUCAUGGACAGCGACAAGGUAAUGGUCCUAGACAACGGGAAGAUUGUCGAGUUUGGCAGCCCCGAAGAGCUGCUGGCAAAACCUGGCCCCUUUUAUUUUAUGGCCAAAGAAGCUGGCAUUGAGAAUGCGAACAGCACCGCCCUCUGACAGGUCCCGUGGCUUAGAGAAGGACUAGAAGGAUCAUUCCUUAUUUAAUUUUAUUUUGGGGAACUGUACCACACAUUGAGGAGUGUGUGUAAAAUGUACGUUUUAAAGAAGGAUCAGAAGUGCAUACCCGUGUCCCCACUCCCCAGGUUAAGGAAAUGAAUAUCACCAGCUACAUCAGAAUCCUCUGAUGGCCCCUUUGCUAGCCUGCUGCCUACCCCCAGAGAUACCACUAUCCUGAAUCUCAUAAUUAUUAUCCCCUCGUUUUCCAUUUUAGUUUUAUCACUUUGUAUGUAUCUUCAAACAAUGUGUAUGUACCUUUUAAGAAACAUAUGCAAUUUUUAAGAAACGUAUGCAAAUGGCCUGACUCAUGCCGCCUGCAUUCUUCUAUGACUUUUCUUCAAUAUCACUUUUGAGAUUUAGCCACGUUUGAUGCUCAGUCGUGGGGUUAGUUUGCUCCCACUGCCACAGUUUAUCCAUUUUAAUGUUCAUCAGCAGUAGGGUUACAUCUAGGGUGG